AUGGCUGGAUUUUUCGCUGAAACACCUCUAGAAAGUUGGUCGCUCGAUAGCUUGAGCGAGUGGUGUGCCCUUAAUGUUACAUGCGAUAAGAAAAAACUCUUGGAUUACAUGAAAAAGGCUAUUCAGGAAAUGAGUAAUAAUCCUGUCUCAGAAAACGCCAAACUGAAGGCUGAUUUUAUGUAUACGAAACUAGAGGCAAGUAUUAGUUUUCAUUUGUCCUGGAAACUUGCUAAAAAUAAAAGCGAUUAUUUUAAAUUUUUGCAAGAUCUGUGGAAAAUAAAGGACGAGGAAACCUUUCGACUAGCGCAGAUUAAAAGUUACGAAACUAUACAGCUUGCGGAGAUAAAGUCAAAAAAUUUGCAAGAACAUACUUCUACAGUAGUGGAUUUCCAUAGGAACAUCGCCAUUGACCUCACUACUAUUAACAAUCGCAAAAGGAAAGAAAUCCCAGCAUAUGAAGAUGAGGAGCUGACACCAUCUGAGGAUGACAAUAAAGUCUCAAAAAUAACAAAAAUUGAUCACCAUUUUGUACAUGCUGUUACACCAUCUCCACUUGACAAAAAUGAACAUGAUACAGAUUUUGAGGCGGAACAGGAUCCUUCGUUAAAUUUGGCUAUCGGAAGACUUGCUGAAAUUAAAAGUGGUAUUGGGAGAUAUCGGAUUAUAUUUUUACCGGAAGAUAAUGUUCAUAAUCCAAUUAAACGCUUAUUCAAUGAUGAAGAGUGGUCAAUAAUGGAAUCGAAUUGGGAAAAGAUUGAUGAAAACGUAAAAUUACUUUUAGAGAAGUAUGACAAAUGUAUAAAAGAUGCUACCAUCAAAUGUUAUGUUGACUUAAAUAAAGUCGAAAGUAUCAUUUGUAAAAGCCCGUUUGAAGAUCAGCAUUUGUAUCUGUUCGAAAGAGACUAUCAUCUUCGAUGGGUACAAUCAGUAUAUAAUGCUUUCAUAUUGUGUCUUCAGACUCCAUUCAGCCCUCUAGGUGAUCCGGAUACAUCUGAAUAUGCGUAUAGAAGUCGAGUUAUAAAUUAUAUUUGGGAAGGACUUUUCUUUGAUGUAAAUGCCAUAGCCAUAAUGAAGACUGGUGAAGUCGAAAAUGUGGACCGAAAAAAACAACUGGACCUAUCAAGAAAUUUGGAUCAGCGUAAAUCAAGUCUUGGAACUUGGUAUCACGAUGCCGUUCUAGUUAUGAAGGUUGGAAGCAAGUUGGUUCAAAUAGUAUUUGGAGAGGUAAUCGGAAAUGCUUUCAAACGUGAUGACAAGAAAUAUAAUGAUGAUAAAGAAAAAAUGAUUAAAGCUAUGCAAUUGGCUCUUUUUAACCUUCGAAAAUCAUUACCUGAAAAGGCCCCAGGUCUCGAAGAUUUGGAAACUUUUGGAUUACUCGUAUAUAGAAAAGAAUUUCUUUUAUAUUCGAUGCAUUGGGUAGACGGGAUAUAUCUCGUUGAUCAAUUUAAUGGAUUUACGAUUCCUGAUACAUCACUGGAUCUGGAGAAUCUAUCCAAUAUAAUUCAAAUAAUGAUUAAAUUUAAGGUGAUAAGUCCUACCAUUGAUGAUGAUGCCGAGGGAAUCGAUCAAUCUUCAGUCUGCGAAGCAGGAUACUCUGUAUCUAAUACCAUCUCUACCAAAAUGAAAAAUUCUAAUGAUACUCCGGCAUUUAAUAUAUCUGAUAAUACUUCAAAUUCUGAUGUUGCUCCUGAACGAAUAGAAAAUAGUUCCAAUAUCACAUCUGAUUCAUAUAUAUUCCAGGAAAAGGAUAGCCGACCUUCCACACCUCUUAUUCCUAUAGAGAAUGGCAAUACAUCAGAAGAGAAAGCAAUUGACGAAUUCCUGGAUUCAAAGCAUAGAGAAACGGUUAGUAAAGAGAUCAUUCAGAGCAUUAAGGAGAAGAAACUUCGAGAUCAAGAGAAAAUCAUAACUUCCAGGGUUCUUUGA